CCUGCCCUCACAACCAAACUUCAAGAUAAACCAGUGCAACGCUGUUUUCAGCAACCUGCUGUCCUUUAAUGAAGGAAAGUCUCCAAGAGAUCCACAUUUUCUCAUCAAAUGCUUGUCUGUUUUUGGAUUUAAAUCUUUCAGCUGCUCAAGAAUGACCACUUUGGUUUUCUCAAACCUUGGGUUCCUAAAUAUUGUGAUUGCAGCGUUAACUGGAUUGAGCCGCAGCAGUCCAAUCAAGUCUGCAGAGACUUACCACAGGACAUCCGUCGGCAUGGAUGUGAUCAACAGUCCUCUCCACAGUGCACAGGACUUUUUGAGCCAGUUUCUAUCAACACUGAACCUCACCAGGCUAAGGUCCCAGCCUUGGACGCCUACAGUCCAGAAAGAGCCACUUCCAGAGUAUAUGCUGGAGCUCUACAACCGAUUUGCCAAUGACCGCACUGCAAUGCCGUCUGCCAACAUUGUGCGCAGUUUCAAGAAUGAAGAUUCUUCCCCCCGAAGUAUAAGAGCCACUGGUGUAUGGAUACAUCCCCUCCUAUUCAAUAUCUCCAUGCCACACUAUGAGCAUAUUACAAUGGCUGAGCUUCGACUCUUCAUGCUUGUGCGGAAGGCCCAAAGACCACAUGCCGGUUUCAGAUGCAAGGUGACAAUCUAUAAGAUACAUGAUGGUGUUGUUUGGACAAAAGAGGUGGGGAAAGAAGGGAGAGAGAGGGAUAAAGAGGAGGUGGAGGCGAUGAAGGAUUUGGAGGAACUGGUGACAAAGCAUAUCCAUGCCAAAGAUAAUAGCUGGGUGUCAUUUGACCUCACUCAUGUGGUGACACUUUGGCGGAAGUCAGGGUGCACAACUCAUAGGCUGGAGGUUCACAUUGAAAACCUGGGGGCAGAUGAGGAAGGGACCACAAGAGAAGCAAUAGAAAGUGGCAAAUGGGUGUCACAGGUUGAUAUUGACAGGAGUGUGGAGGGGCAACACAAUCCAGUGAUAAUUGUGUUCUCAGAUGACCAGAGCAGAGAUCACAAAGAAGACAGACAAGAGCUAAGUCAGAUGAUUAAGCAUGAGAAUGACCUUCCUGAUAACGUGAUAACGAGCCAGAAAUCUCUUCAUGACCGUGCAAAUCCCAACUCUGACCACCCUGAACAGGACGAGCUGGACCACCAGUCUGCCUUGGAGGUGCGGUCCAAUCUUAUCUACGACACGCCUCCUCGAAUCCGCCGCAGCGCCAACACCGAGUCAUGCAGGCGGUCGCCCCUUUUUGUGGAUUUUAAAGACAUUGGCUGGGACUCCUGGAUUAUCCAGCCUUUGGGGUAUGAAGCGUACAAGUGCAACGGCGUGUGCAGCCCACCCAUGACCUCAGAGGUUUCUCCCACCAAACAUGCCAUAGUGCAGACUCGGCUGAGCCUCAGGCGCCCCGAACGAGCAUCUGCUGCCUGCUGUGUUCCCACAAGGCUGGAGCCAAUCUCCCUCCUUUAUCACGAUAAUGGAGUGGUUACUUUCAACCACAAGUAUGAGGGGAUGGUGGUGGCAGAAUGUGGCUGCAGAUAACGUCACAGAGAAAAAUAGACUUUUAGUUGAAGAUCUAAAUCUAUCAAUCUAUUUUAUCAUGCUCGUGUGCUUGAUUCCAGAUUUCAUACAGUGGACUAAUUGUAAAUUAGGGAUGGAAAUUUACAGCUGUAUAAAGGCAAACCCCCGAGUGUUUUGUUAAUUUAGAACAGAAACACUUUGAACUGAUGCAACAAAGUGUCUCAUAUUAGUCUACCACAGCUCCAUAUACCUUUCAUCGUGUUUUGAAAGCACUUCAGUUUAUCGUUAUAUAUUGCAAUUGAUUGCCAUAUUUAUACAGCAUUAAAAUGCCUUUCAAAAUAUUUCAAAACCAUUGAACUUUUUCUCAUUUUGUCACAUUGCAACUAUGAAUUUCAGUGUAUACAGUACAUUGGAAUGUUUAGCACAGUGGCCUAUAAUUACUCUAGUUUUAAUAUCAGAUGGACAGCUAUAAAUUGUGCAUUACCAUUAUUAUUUUAAAAAGAAAAAUCUGUAAAUAUUUUAGCCAAAAUGUGCAAACUUUUUGGAGAUAUACUCCAAAAGACUUGCAGCUGUGUUUACAGUGCCAAAGGGUUCUGAAAAGUAUUGACUCAGAAUACACAUCUGCAUCACAGUUUUGCAACUUUAAAAGAAAUUUUCUACUUCACAAUUGUGUA